AUGGACGAUGCGGAGUACGAGGAACAAAUUAAGAAAUUGGCAAUAGAAGCUGAAGUGUUUGGGGUCACGGACCGACCGUUUGUCAUAGAGUUGCCAUUCGAAGAAGAUAACAAGCCUUUUGUCUUAGAUCUCACGCCAGCGGAGAAUGAAGCUUUGAAACCAGUAGUCAUCGAAUUCCCGAAGCAGGAGCCCGUAUUAAGUCUGCAACAAGUGCCGUGGAAUUACGAUGAGCCUAGCAUACAGAUCGGGGAAAAUUCAACUGCAAAGAAGGAAGUGUCAGUAGUUACUAGAUCGGGGAAGACUGUAAAUCCAUUUGAGACUACUACUCCAAUUCAAGCCAAUAGUUCUGAGCCACCCCUCAAACCAACAAUUACCGAGAAAGAAGCCGUGGAUUUCCUUAAACGACUCCAGAGAAGUGAAUACAACAUAGUGGAAAAGCUAAGCAAAUCACCUGCCCAGAUAACCAUGUUGGACCUACUUUUCUCCUCGGACGUGCAUAGGGAUGCAUUGAUCGAUGUAUUAACAAGAGCUCAAAUUCCGAGAGACAUUUCUGUUGAUAAUUUUUCAAACGUGGUGGGGAGUGUAUUAUUCAAGAAGCAAAUUGCUUUUUCUGAUGAUGAAUUGCCGACGGAGGGCAUUGGACAUAAUAAGGCGUUGUACAUAACAGUGAGGUGCAACGGAAAAAUGCUGCCUAAGGUGUUAAUCGAUAAUGGAUCCGCACUGAAUAUCUGUCCGUGGAGUACCUUAGAGAAACUAGGGUUGCAAGACAUCAAGCUGAGGCCUUCAGGGACUAUCGUUCGAGGGUUUGAUGGAGCUCAAAGGGAGCCGAUAGGAGAGGCAGAUUUAGUAAUCGAGAUGGGGCCCGCCCAGUUUCAAAUAACUUGCCAAGUCAUGAACUUCCCAAGCAUUUAUAAUAUUUUACUUGGAAGGCCAUGGAUUCACAAGUCUGGGGCCGUGCCGUCUUCGUUGCAUCAAUUACUCAAGUUCGUGGUAAAUGACAAGCUAAUCACUAUCUUUGCUGAAGAGGACUGCCUGGUGAUCACCGAUUCUGGAGUUAAAGAGGAGGGUAGUCAAAGUGUUACCAUGUCCCCUCACAGCACAUCCGAUAUAGUCUCCGUAAGUUGGAUAACCACGGAGGAACAAACUCCCUCAAAAGCCAGUGUAAUGAUGGCUAGAGAAAUGAUUCGUGGAGGAUACAAAUUCGACAAGGGUUUGGGGCGUGAACUGCAAGGGAUCCUGAAGCCAGUGAAGAUAGUAGAAAAGAGAGAUACCUUCGGUUUGGGUUUCAGACCAACCGCCAAGGAUUUCAAGGAGAUGAAAGAGCGUAAAAGAGCAGAAAAGGAGGGCCGGCAAAGGGCUUUCGAUAUUCCACCACUGUGGUAUACUUUUCCCCGGCCAACUGAAAUAAUCACAUCAGAGGGUAAUUCAACUGAAGAAAUCGAGAAUAGUUUGUCCCAGUUGUUCGUUGGGGCAAUAUUUGAAGACAAUUUCCUGAGCGAGGCCGAAUUUCCUGACAUCCCUGAGGGGUCUAUUUCUAAUUGGACUGCCGAGAGUGGAGAGGUAAGAGUUUGUAUUGACUAUAGAGACCUUAAUAAAGCCAGUCCUAAAGAUGAUUUCCCUCUACCAAACAUUCACAUUCUCUUAGACAAUACGGCCGGACAUGAGAUUGAAACCUUUUGCGAUUGUUUUGCUGGCUACCACCAAAUUUUAAUGGCAGAGGAGGAUAGGGAGAAGACUGCUUUCAUUACCCCUUGGGGUACCUUUUGCUACCGAGUCAUGCCUUUCGGUUUAAAGAAUGCUGGAGCAACAUAUCAGAGGACCAUGACAACCCUAUUUCAUGAUAUGAUCCACCGGGAGAUGGAGGUCUACGUGGAUGAUAUUAUAAUCAAGUCCAAAAGGGCAGAGGACCACUUGGUUGAUCUGAAGAAAUUAUUCGAGAGGUUACGGAAGUACAAUUUGAAGCUAAAUCCUGCAAAAUGCGCCUUCGGAGCACCUGCGGGUAAGCUGUUGGGAUUCAUUGUUAGCAAGAAGGGCAUAGAAAUAGAUCCGGCGAAAAUCAAAGCAAUUCGAGAUAUGCCAGUGCCGAAAACUCAGAAGGACGUGAAAAGUUUCUUAGGGAAGAUCAAUUUCAUUGGGAGGUUCAUCGGCCAGCUAACUGCCACAUGCGAGCCGUUGUUCAAAUUAUUGAGAAAGAAUGUGCCGUUGUAUUGGAAUGAGGAGUGUCAACAGGCUUUUGACAAGAUUAAAGAUUAUUUGUUGCAUCCACCAGUUUUAGUGCCGCCCAAACCGGGCCGACCUUUGAUUAUGUAUUUAUCUGUACUCGAUGGAGCAGUAGGGUGUGUUCUGGGUCAGCACGAUGAAUCCGGAAGGAAAGAACAAGCCAUUUACUAUCUAAGCAAGAAGUUCACGCAGUACGAGGCUGAUUAUUCAUUCAUUGAGAAAAGCUGCUGUGCAUUGGCCUGGGCAGCCCAAAAGUUGAGACACUACCUGUUGAGCCAUACCACUUAUCUUAUUUCCCGAUCUGAUCCUUUGAAGUAUCUUUUGGAGAAGCCGAUGUUGACUGGGCGUUUGGCGAAAUGGCAGAUAAUUCUCUCAGAAUUCGAUAUUGUUUUCACCUCACAAAAGGCGGUCAAGGGGCAAGCUAUAGCUGAUCAUUUGGCGGAAAAUCCAAGGGAUGAUGAUUACCAACCACUCCGUACUUAUUUCCCUGACGAGAGGGUCCUAUUUGUAGGCGCUGCAGAUGAUAUAAGUGAACAAAGUCCUGAAUGGAGGCUUUUCUUCGAUGGAGCUUCGAAUUCUCUCGGAGCUGGAAUUGGAGCUGUUUUGGUGUCACCCGAAGGGAAGCAUUACCCUGCCGCUGCCAAAUUGCAAUUCGCUUGCACGAAUAACAUGGCUGAAUAUGAAGCUUGCAUUUUUGGUCUCAAAAUGGCGUUGGAAAUAGAAAUCAAAGAAUUGAUAGUUUUCAGUGAUUCAGAUUUGCUCGUGCAUCAAACCUUGAAACAAUGGAUAACCAAAGAUUCGAAAAUUCUACCCUACCAUUGUAGUCUGCUUACUUUGGCCAAGCAGUUUCAAAAUUUGGAGUUUAGACAUCUCCCGAGAGCCAGGAAUGCAUUCGCCGAUGCUUUGGCUACCUUAGCUUCUAUGAUCCAGUAUCCUGAUGAAUUGAAGAUCGAACCAAUCCAAGUUCAACUUCAAGACAAGCCUGCCCACUGCUGGGUUACAGACGAGUCCUCGGAUACUAUUCCUUGGUUUAAUGAUCUUAAAGAGUUUCUCAAAACGGGGUCUUACCCUCUGCAUGCUGGUACAAAGGACAAGAGUUUUCUGCGUAGAAUGGCUUCAAAAUUUUUCUUAAAUGGAGAAGUGUUGUACAAAAGAACCUCGGAUUUGAACCUUUUAAGGUGCAUUGAUGAAGAUGAAGCUCAAUAUAUGAUGAAGGAAGUGCAUAGUGGCGUUUGUGGACCUCACAUGAAUGGCCAUUUGCUAGCGAAGAAAAUCAUGAGAACCGGAUACUUCUGGCUUACUAUGGAGCAUGAUUGUAUAAAUUUUGUCCGGAGAUGUAUAAAAUGCCAAAUGCACGGUGACAUUAUACGCGCUCCACCCACUGAACUGCAUAGCAUGACCGCCCCAUGGCCCUGUUCAAUGUGGGGUAUGGACGUGAUUGGUACAAUCGAUCCUCCCGCUUCAAAUGGACAUCGAUUUAUAUUGGUGGCGAUCGAGUACUUUACCAAAUGGGUUGAAGCAGAGUCAUUCAAACAUGUCACGAAGAAGGUAGUGGCCAAUUUCCUGAGAGAUCACAUCAUCUGUCGCUUCGGAGUACCCGAAACGCUUAUCACGGACAAUGCCAAGAAUCUGAACAAUGACAUGGUAGAUGGACUAUGUGAGCAGUUCAAAAUCAAACACCGCAAUUCUGCCAUUUAUAGGCCUCAGAUGAAUGGAGCUGUAGAAGCCGCGAACAAGAAUUUGAAAAAGAUUAUCCGCAAAAUGACUGAAAGGCAUCGCGAUUGGCAUGAAAAGUUGCCUUAUGCAUUGAUGGCAUACCGGACUUCUAUCCGGACAUCAACUGGGGCAACACCGUAUUCACUCAUGUAUGGAAUGGAAGCUGUGUUACCAGCCGAAGUUGAAAUUCCUUCGUUGCGAAUCCUCAUGGAAGCUAAGUUGGAGGAGGCUGACUGGAUAAAGCAGCGCCAUGAACAAUUGACGUCGAUCGAUGAAAGGCGAUUCAAUGCUAUUUGUCAUGGUCAGUGUUAUCAGAAACGGGUGGCCCGAGCUUACAACAAAAAGGUCCAUCGGCGGGCAUUUGAAGAAGGUGAUAAGGUACUGAAGCGAAUUUUGUCGAUGCAAGAUGAAGCUAAAGGCAAAUUUGCUCCGAAUUGGCAAGGGCCGUUCAUUGUCCAAAAGGUAUUACCUGGCGGAGCCCUUAUUCUAGCAGAAAUGGAUGGACGGGCAUUCCCUCAACCCAUCAACUCAGAUAUGUGCAAAAAGUUUUUCAUUUGA